GCAAAGUUCUUAGCGUGCUAAAAAUGUUGAAAACGCGAAUCAGUUUUAUUAUUCAACAGUCGCAAAAAGCGUCUCUCUUCUCUGCCAGUCAGAAGCGUUGGCAGGCUAAUGUGGCAGCAGCUGAGCCAAGAGAUGACCCGGAAUGGCUCCAGGCCAAGCCAUUCAAAGAUAUUCCCCGGGCCAAUAUGCUAUCUCUAUUUGCCAAAAUUGCCCUUCCGGGAGGAAAGUACAGGAAAAUGGAAACUAUGGAAAUGUUUGAUGCCAUGCGACAGGAUUAUGGAGAAAUAUUCUACAUGUCCGGCAUGUUGGGCAGUCCUGCCUUUGUAAUGACAAACAACCCCAAGGAUUUCGAGGUGGUCUUCCGGAAUGAAGGUGUGUGGCCAACGAGACCGGGCAGUGAUAUUUUGCGCUAUCAUCGAACCGAAUACAGGAAAGACUUCUUCGACGGAGUACAAGGCAUUAUUCCCUCACAGGGAAAAUCAUGGGGAGACUUUCGAUCCGUAGUAAACCCCGUUCUUAUGCAGCCCAAGAACGUAAGGUUGUACUUUAAGAAGAUGUCGCAGGUUAACCAGGAGUUUGUUCAGCGCAUCAAAGACAUUCGAGAUGCUACAACUCAGGAGGUACCUGGUGAUUUCUUAGACACCAUCAAUCGCUGGACUCUCGAAUCGGUAUCUGUGGUGGCCCUGGAUAAACAGCUGGGCCUUCUCAAGGAUUCGGGGAAGAAUAGCGAAGCAACCAAACUUUUCAGAUAUCUGGAUGACUUCUUCCUGCUCUCAGCCGACCUAGAGAUGAAACCUUCUAUCUGGCGAUAUAUCCCAACGCCGGAGUACAAAAAAAUGCUAAAAGUUUUGGAUGGUCUACAGGACAUUACUUUGGGCUAUGUGGACGAGGCGAUCGCUCGCUUGGAGAAGGAGGCCAAGAAGGGUGUAGUGCGCCCGGAGAAUGAACAAAGUGUCCUUGAAAAACUGCUGAAAAUUGACAAGAAAGUGGCCACGAUUAUGGCCAUGGACAUGCUGAUGGCUGGAGUGGAUACGACUUCAAGCACUUUUACCGGACUUUUGUUGUGCCUUGCCAAGAAUCCGGAGAAGCAGGCCAAGCUUCGGGAGGAAGUGAUGAAGGUGCUGCCCAACAAGGACUCCGAAUUCACAGAGGCUUCAAUGAAGAACGUUCCCUAUCUACGAGCCUGCAUUAAGGAGUCACAGAGAAUAUAUCCACUAACCGUGGGAAAUGCCCGUGGACUAACCAGGGAUUCUGUGAUCAGUGGCUAUCAGGUCCCAGCUGGUACUUUUGUCUCCAUGAUACCAAUAAGUUCUCUAUACAAAGAGGAAUACUUCCCGAAACCUUUGGAGUUCCUGCCCGACCGCUGGCUACGAAACACUAGUGAUUCCGCUGGAAAAUGCCCAGCAAAUCAUCUAAAGACUAAGAAUCCCUUCGUGUUCCUGCCCUUCGGAUUUGGACCUCGUAUGUGUGUGGGCAAACGCAUUGUAGAAAUGGAACUGGAGCUGGGCAUUGCCCGAAUCCUUCGCAACUUCAACGUCGAGUUUAAUUAUUCCACCAAGAAUGCCUACCGCUCUGCUCUUAUCAAUCUGCCCAAUAUUCCACUCAAGUUUAAGUUUACUGAUUUAACGGGAAAAGUUCUAAACAUCGCAAAAAUGCUGAAAGUGCGCAGUGGCCUGUCAUUAAUUCAAUCGCAAAAAGCGGUUCUCUCGCUCAGCACUCAAAAACGCUGGCAAACUAAUGUGGCGACUGCUGAGGCUAGGGAGGAUUCCGAAUGGCUGCAGGCCAAGCCAUUUUCCCAGAUUCCCCGUGUCAAUAUGAUGGGAUUGAUGAUGAAAACGUUCAUGCCCGGUGGUAAAUACAAAAACAUGGAACUUAUGGAAAUGUUUGAGGCCAUGAGACAGGACUAUGGCGACAUAUUCUUUUUGCCGGGCACAAUGGGUAACCCAACCUUUGUGAGCACCCACAAUCCCAUGGACUUUGAAGUUAUCUUCCGCAAUGAAGGAAUUUGGCCCCACCGUCCGGGUAACGAUACACUGCGCUAUCAUCGCGAGGAGUACAGAAAGGAUUUUUAUGAAGGCAUCACUGGCAUCAUUCCCUCACAGGGAAAAUCUUGGGGUGACUUUAGGACAGUUGUCAAUCCCGUUCUUAUGCAACCAAAGAAUGUGAGACUUUAUUACAAGAAGAUGUCGCAGGUUAAUCAGGAGUUUGUCCAACGUAUCAAAGAAUUGAGAGAUCCCACUACUCUAGAAGUCCCCGGUGAUUUCAUAGACACUAUUAACCGCUGGACCCUUGAAUCCGUUUCGGUGGUGGCCCUGGACAAGCAGUUGGGUCUCCUCAAGGAUACGGAGAAGGAGAGCGAAGCACUCAAGCUCUUCCACUAUCUGGAUGAAUUCUUCAUAGUAUCUGCAGACCUAGAGAUGAAGCCUUCGCCCUGGCGCUAUAUUAAAACACCCAAGUUGAAGCGAUUGCUGAAAGCUCUAGAUGGUAUCCAGGAAGUCACAUUGGGGUACGUUGACGAAGCCAUUGAUCGAUUGGAUAAGGAGACCAAGGCGGGUGUUGUGCGUCCGGAGAAUGAGCAAAGUGUCCUCGAGAAACUGCUGAAAGUUAAUCGGAAAGUGGCCACAGUUAUGGCCAUGGACAUGUUGAUGGCAGGAGUGGAUACGACAUCUAGCACCUUUACAGCUCUCAUGCUGUGCCUCGCAGAGAAUCCAGAAAAGCAGGCCAGGCUUCGGGAGGAGGUGAUGAAAGUGCUGCCCAACAAGGACUCUGAGUUCACCGAGGCUUCAAUGAAGAACGUUCCCUAUCUGCGUGCUUGUAUUAAGGAAAGUCAACGCGUCCGUCCCCUAAUUGUGGGAAAUGCUCGGGUCCUUUCUAGGGAUGCUAUCCUCAGUGGAUACCAAGUACCAGCUGGAACUUAUGUGUCCAUCGUUCCACUGCAUGCCUUGACUAGGGAUGAUUAUUUCCCACAGGCCUCAAAGUUCCUUCCCGAACGUUGGCUGCGAAGCCCCAAGGAUGCAGAGGAAAAGUGCCCUGCCAACGAACUGAAGUCCAAGAAUCCUUUCGUUUUCCUACCCUUCGGUUUCGGACCUCGUAUGUGUGUGGGCAAACGCAUCGUGGAGAUGGAACUGGAGUUGGGCACAGCUCGACUUAUUCGCAACUUCAACGUGGAGUUCAAUUAUCCCACAGAGAAAGCCUUCCGAUCUGCUCUGAUUAAUCUACCAAACAUACCGCUCAAGUUUAAGUUCACCGAUUUGCCAAACUAAUCUAUAUUCCGUUGUAUUAAGUCAUUUAAUCUUGGCCAAGUUUAAAGUGUUGUUAUGUAGUUAUCAGCUUUAAAAGCGAUGAAUUGUUUAAAAAACAAACACCAGUUAUUAUUUUAUAGCUAACAACAUUGUACAUACUUAGUAUUAAUGGUUUUAAGGGAACAUUUAACCCAAUCCAACCCAUUGUUGGUAAAUAAAACACCUUGUUUUUUCUAUA